AUGUGCCACUGGGGCAAGGUGCUGGCAGAGAAGCGGAGCUUGGGCAGCAGGGAUGGACCCCCACACCUAGUGGUUCUGGUGCCGCUGCACAGCAAGGCUGCAGCCCACGACACGCUCCGUUUGCUGCAGAGCCAGGACUCGGCUGUUGUUCACUCGGAUGAGGGGAGAGCUGGUGGCUUUGUGCUCCUCUGUCCUCGACUCAAGCAGCGCUGGCGCUUUGUGACAGCCCAGGCGGGGGACCUUCAUGCUGUCUUAGACCUGGCAAAAGUUGCUGACUCCCUGCUCUUCAUCCUGGAUGCUGCAGAUGGCUUGGACGGUGCAGGGGAGCACUGCCUCUCCUGCCUCUUCGCACAGGGGCUCCCCAGUUAUGCUCUUGCUGUCCCAGGGGGCACUGACUUGCCACCGAAGAAGCGGAUAGACGCCAGGAAGAAACUUGCCAAAGCCGUUGAGAAGCGCUUUCCCGAGGCCAAGCUCUUCCCCCUGAACACGGAGCAGGAGUCCUCACUGCUGCUGAGGCACCUCGCUGCCCAGAAGCAGCGGCAUCUCGCUUUUCGGGACAGGCGGGCUCACCUGCUCGCCUAUGCUGCCGAGUUUGUGCCUGGUCAAGAGAGCGACCUGGUUGGCACCCUGAAGGUGUCUGGCUUUGUCCGGGGACAAACCCUCGAUGUGAACAGCCUGGUGCAUAUUGUGGGGCAUGGAGACUUCCAGAUGAGCCAGGUGGAUGCCCCCCCUGACCCCCUCUCUUUAAACCCCCGAGUGGUUAAAGGACAAAAGAGAAGCCAGGACAUGGAGGUACAGGAUGACUCUGUAAAUGGUACCAAUGAGAUGGAGGAAGAUGUUAAGGUCCUGAUGAAGGCAGAUCCAAGCAAGCAGGAGUCUUUGCAGUCAGAAGUGGUUCCUGAUCCCAUGGAAGGGGAGCAGACUUGGCCUACUGAAGAAGAAUUGCAAGAAGCAGAGGCUUCUCUGAAGGAAAACAGGAGGGUGGUGAAAGUCCCCAAAGGCACAUCAAAGUACCAGGCUGCCUGGAUUGUGGAUGAUGAAGGCAGUGAGAAAGAUGAAGAUGGUGAUGAAGAUGAUGACAUCUAUGAUGAUGAUGAUGAUAUGAUGGAAGAGGCAGUUUCCCAGGAGGGGGAAAGCAGUGAGGAGGAAGAGGAACCUGCAGAGGAGGAGUGUGAGACUAUGACCGUUUCUGAGUGCUUGCGGGAUGACCAGUAUGACGAGAAGAUGGAGGAAGAUGAACAGAUGCUGGAGAAAUACAAACAGGAGAGAAUGGAUGAAAUGUUUCCAGAUGAGGUGGACACACCACGUGACAUACCUGCCAGAGUCCGGUUCCAGAAGUACAGGGGGCUGAAGAGCUUCCGGACUUCUCCGUGGGACCCUAAAGAGAAUCUCCCAAGGGAUUAUGCCAGGAUUUUCCAGUUCCAGCACUUCUCCCGAACCAGAAAGCACCUCUUCCGGCAAAUAGAGAAAGAGGAGACUGAAGGAGCCUCGGUUGGAUGGUACGUUACACUUCACAUCUGCAAUGUCCCUGUCUCGGUGAUGGAGAGCUUCAAAGAAGGGAAGCACCUAGUCCUGUUCUCGCUGCUUCCUCACGAACAAAAGAUGUCCGUGUUGAAUUUCCUGGUGCGUCGGCAUCCGAGUAACAGCGAGCCAGUGAGGGCAAAGGAGGAGCUGAUCUUUCACUGUGGGUUCAGACGCUUCCGAGCAUCACCCCUGUUCUCCCAGCACACCUCAGCUGAUAAGCACAAGCUGGAGCGUUUCCUGCGCCCGGAUGCUGCCCUGGUGGUGACUGUUUACGCUCCCAUCACUUUCCCUCCUGCCUCGGUGCUUCUUUUUAAACAGAGAAGUAAUGGAAUACAUGACCUCAUUGCCACGGGUUCUCUGCUUUCCGUGGACCCGGACAGAAUCGUCAUCAAGCGGCUGGUGCUCAGUGGCCAUCCUUUCAAAAUCUUUACCAAGACAGCUGUUGUGCGAUACAUGUUCUUUAACAGAGAGGAUGUGAUGUGGUUCAAGCCAGUGGAGCUGAGGACAAAAUGGGGUCGUAGAGGACACAUCAAGGAGCCGUUAGGGACCCAUGGUCACAUGAAGUGCCAUUUUGAUGGACAGCUCAAGUCCCAGGACACGGUACUGCUGAACCUCUACAAGAGAGUUUUUCCUAAAUGGACUUAUGACCCUCAUGUUCCAGAGCCCGUGCCGUGGGUGAGGAGUGAGAGCGUGCUGCCAGUGGAGGAGGUGGAAAUGGAGUAAGUCUCCAGCGUGGCAGUUUUCUCUGGAUGCUGUUCUCGUCCCACGUGCUGUGAGGGCAGCACCGAUAUCUUGGACGUAUUACUGCUGGGGUCUGUACAGGGGCAGUUGUCUCACCAGCUACUGCUCAGGUAUCAAGCUAUAGCUAUUUAUUUUAAUGGAAAAUGUUUU